AAAAUUUAUUUCAAAAACAUGAAGCAUGCGCAUUAUAGUUUAAGCCAAUUUCCGGAUCCUAGAUAAGUUAAUAAAACUGGAUGGUCAAUUCAUUUAAGGCCUUGUUGUUUUGCCGUUAGCAUCAAUUUAUACCACAAUAUGGCGGACGCAGCUCCAGCCGGUGGACGAGGAGGUUUCCGAGGAGGUUUUGGUGGCUCACGUGGUGCAGGAGGUUCACGAGGUGGUCCUCGUGGACGUGGUAGAGGUCGUGGCCGUGGACGUGGACGCGGUAAAGAAGAUCAAAAAGAAUGGAUUCCAGUUACCAAGCUUGGACGUUUAGUUCGUGAUGGUAAAAUCCAUAGUUUGGAAGAAAUCUAUUUGUUCUCUCUUCCAAUUAAAGAAUACGAAAUUAUUGACCAAUUUAUUGGAUCAUACUUGAAAGAUGAGGUUUUGAAGAUCAUGCCAGUACAGAAACAAACCCGUGCUGGUCAACGUACUCGAUUCAAGGCAUUCGUCGCUAUUGGUGAUAACAAUGGCCACAUUGGUCUUGGUGUAAAAUGCAGUAAAGAAGUAGCAACUGCAAUUCGUGGGGCUAUUAUUUUGGCCAAAUUGUCUGUUGUUCCAGUUCGUCGUGGAUACUGGGGUAACAAAAUUGGUCAACCCCACACAGUACCAUGCAAGGUUACUGGAAAAUGUGGUUCAGUUGCUGUACGUUUAAUUCCAGCCCCACGUGGUACUGGAAUUGUGUCUGCACCAGUUCCCAAAAAAUUACUUCAAAUGGCUGGUAUUGAAGAUUGUUAUACAUCAGCUCGUGGUUCUACUGGUACCCUUGGUAAUUUCGCAAAAGCAACAUAUGCUGCUAUUGCUAAAACAUACGCAUACUUAACACCUGAUUUGUGGAAGGAAUCACCAUUGUCAAAAACGCCUUAUCAAGAGUAUGCUGAUCAUUUAGCUAAAAACCAUCGCCCUGUUGGUGGCCCUCGUGCUGCAACUGAUGCUAUUUAAUUUCUUGAAAUUUAAAUACACGCAUUCUGUUAGACUAAUAAACAUCAAUUUAAUUUA